ACACAGAUUUGCCAUGUUUCCUUUUCUGAUGUAAGUGUGUGUCUUCCUUUUGUACUCUGCUGCGUUAAACACUGGCUCUCAGUGUGUAAGCACACACACACACACACACACAUAUAUAUAGAAUGGAUGGUUGAGGUUCGAGUUGGUAUACGUUAAGUUGGACGACAGAAACGGAGACAGCUGUUAGUGGAGCAUGGGUACAACUGCUAGUGCCGCCCCUCCACCAGCCUGUGAAGUUUUCCAUAGCAACACCAUGAUGGACAGCAGACAGCCACUAAGCCCCGCCCCCUUUAUACACAAGAACAGAGCCAAAUCCAUCAUCACCAAUAAAGUGGCUCCAGUCGUUAUCACCCUUAAUUGCAAACAAGAGUUUCAGAUUCAUGAUGAUGUCAUCAAGACGAAUUACAAAGUGGGAUGCAUUUCUGAUAACAUGCCUGAACAUUUCCUGGUGCAGGGCUCCUACUUCAUGGUGUUAGACGUGUUCAGUAAAGCAGAUGUUCUCAACACCACUGUGACGUGCGGCGCUCCGAACUUCCGGCAUGUCAGAGGAGGUUACCCAGUAUUCGGAAUGGGUCAGCCCAGCCUGGAGGGUUUCAAACAGGUCCUGUACAUGCUGCAGAGUCGAGGGCAUGAGGAGGUGAUAGUUUUCUGUGUAAGGGAGGAGCCGGUGGUGUUCCUGCGAGUGGAGGAUGACUUUGUUCCGUACACUCCAAGGAAAAAAGAGAACCUGCAUGAAAACCUUCAGGGUUUGAGUAAGAACAUUCAUGUGGAGAACCUUGAACUUAACAUCAGGAAAGAGCUUCAUGACUUUGCCCGGCUGAACGAGAACACCUUCUACGUCUACAACAAUGUAGAACAUUUUAAAGAUGAACCUCAGAGGAUCAUCAUCACUUGUGAAGAGGACAUUCACGUCACUGAAGAAGUCUACAAGAGACCUAUUUUCACCCUGCCGUCAUACAGGUAUCACCGCCUGCCUCUGCCAGUAGAGGGCGCCCCAUUGGAGGAGCAGUUUGACGCCUUUGUGAAUGUGCUAAAGGAGACUCCAAGUUUGUGUGUGAAAGUGGGCGGAGCCUGUCCUCCCCCCGCCCUGCUGUUCAGCUGUCAGGUCGGUGUGGGUCGUACCAACGUGGCCAUGAUCCUGGGGGCCCUGGUGGUGCAGAGAGUGAUGGGAGAUACACAAUCUUCUCCAUCUACACACACACUUGAUGAGGAAAAAUCUAACACUGAGGCGAAAGUUCACUUCCGGGUCAUUGAUGCUCUCAUCAGAAAGCUGCCUAAAGGUCAACAAGUUGUAGAUGAGGUGGAUCGAGCUGUAGGUCUUUGUUCUGAAAUGCACAACAUUAAAGACGCUAUUCAUGAGAACAAGAAGAAGCUGGAGGCCAUCACAGAGGAUUAUAAACCCCAGGGAAACAGUACAAAGCUGUACUUCCUACAAAGACUGAUUCAGAGUUUGGAACUCUAUUUCUACCUGAUCCUCUUCAACGCCUACCUGCAUGAACAGUAUCCACUUGCUUAUUCUCGGAGUUUCAGCCAGUGGCUCUGUGCGAAUGCCUGGGUGUACCGCCUCCUGUCCUGCCUUAACCAAUCAGAGCUCAGCACACCUGCUGACCUCAUCACAAAAGGAGCCAGAGUCCUGGUGGCUGAUGAGUUCUUGGCUCCAGAUGUUCUCCUCACUGUAAAGGAAAUGAAGGUGGCAAAUUUCAGACGAGUGUCUAAAAUGCCCAUCUACGGAAUGGCGCAACCUACAGCUGAGGCGGUGGGCGUGGUCCUGUCUUACCUGGCAGAUGAGAGGAGGCGGCAUUCUGUGGUGCUGUGGGUGUGUGUGCAGGAUGAGCUGGUGUUGGAGUGUAACGGUCAGAUCUUCUGCCCCAGAGAGCCGACAUGUCCUGAGCAAAACAUCUCGGUGUACGGCGCAUCAGCUCAGGAGAUAGAGGAGCUGGAGUGUUCCCUGAAGGAGGAGGUGUUAGGUUCUCAGAAGUGGUUGGAGGUGAUUCUGGAGCAGGAAAAGCAGAUGAAGAUGUUUAAAGGCUGCAGGACUUUACAGGAGAUCUUCAGCACACACAAGCAGACUCAUGAAGGCCUGAAGUACACACGCAUCCCUCUGCCUGAGUGUGCAGCACCUAGAGAGGAGGACUUGGACAGACUGCUGGAUGUGAUGAAGAGUGUGUUAGCUGAAGACUCUCAUGCUGCGUUUGUGUUUAAUUGUUCAAACGGCCGUGGCAGGAGCACCACAGCCAUGACCAUCGCCACACUCACACUCUGGCACUUUAAUGGCUUCCCUGACUUUGGGGAGGAGGAAAUUGUCAGUGUUCCUGAUGCUAAAUACACCAAGGGGGAGUUUGAGGUGGUGAUGCGUUUGAUCAGAAUCCUCCCUGAUGGUCACAGGAUGAAGAGAGAGGUUGAUAUUGCACUGGAUUCAGUAAGUGAGACGAUGACACCUAUGCACCAUCAUCUGAGGGAGAUCAUCAUCUGCACAUACAGACAGAUGAAGAGCUGUACAAAGGAACAGGAGCGCAGGUCUCUGAUGUUGAGGAGUCUGCAGUAUCUGGAGCGUUAUAUUUACCUGAUACUCUACAACACCUACCUGCACCUGGAGAAGAAGAACUCGCUCCAGCGCUCCUUCUCUACCUGGAUGCAACAGGUAGCAGCUCGAGCAGGAGUGUACGACCUCCUGAACCAGCUGACGUUCACUGAGUUUGAGAACCUAAAAGACUCAACGUUUUCCCGUCUCCGCUCCCGAUGGAGAGAACAGACCAACUGGAACCUUCCAUUCAGGGGGCAGAUGAUCUGAGGGCAGGUCGGAGGAGAAGAAGGGACUCGAGCUGAAGGAAAGAAAUAGAAAAAGACAGAGAAAGAAUAGAAGAUGCUGAUGUUUUACGAUCACUGUGCUUUGGGAAAUAUUUUUGUCUUUAAUAUUCCUUCUGUUUUAAUGAGAUAAAUGAAUUUUAGUACCUGAUUCCUUUGCAGCUCUGCUCUUUAAUCCAUGUUCAGUUUAUCUGCAUGUCCAUUUGUCACAUCUGGUCUUAUUCUUUUACUGAAGUUAAAACUUAUCCUCAAUGGAAUAAUAAUUUACUUUGAAACAUGAGAAUACAGAGGAGCAAAGGGGUGGAGCUUGUGCUACAUUGGAUCAGUAGUUUGUGUAAGUGAUGGUAGAGUGGAGCUGAAGAAUAAUAGCGCUAUGAGGAAUCAUCUGCUUUUGUUGCUUUACAAAGUCCUGCUUCAUUUGACUAGAAAAUUUCACCUGGAAUGUUUAUGGUGUCACAUCCUGCUGAGGUCUCGGCUCCAUGAUGCAGUAUGUACAGUAGAAGACGAAUGAACACGGGGUUAAGGUGUGUGCCGACUUCGACAGGUCGUGUGCUCGAGCCCAGUGGUCUCUCAUUACAGUCUUUAUGUUUUUUUAGAAUUAAACCUGAAGACUGAAAUGUCAAGCAGUACAUUGUUUGUUUCCCUAAAAUAGAGCUCCAUGUUGUUUAACUGAUUCCAGUAACACACCACACAUAUAAGCCCAGUGGAGCUCCAGCUCUCUCCAGUCACUCAGUGUUAGACAUGAACCCCGUACACUCCGGUUCCUCAUGUUGGUCCCUGUGGUUAAAUCUCCAUGAACAUGUUAUUAUUCAUUAUAUUAUCAGCUGGAGUAACGUGUGCACCAUGAGCAUGUACUCAUAGCCUCAUAACCUCUCGUACUGCUCAUUAGAGAUGAUGCAGUAACUGAAGUCUGAGGAAACUCAACCAAUGUCUACGGCGUUGUGAUGAAACCAAAGAGACGAGAACAGGACCUUAUAUUAAUCCAUAUCCAGCCAAUAAAAUGACAGUAUUAUGGGUUUUUUUUCUUUAUAUGAUUUUUUUUCAUGUUUACAUGCUUUGAAUUAUUUCCUUAUAAAACAGUCUGUAAAUCCCAUCUCUAAUCCACACACAGUUUAUUACUUUACAUUUAAAUCAUUUUCACUUUAACUGUUAUUAAUGUUGUUAACAAUGAAGAGCAGAUUUUUAGUAAAUGAUGUUUCUGCACUCAGCAUUAAACGUUUUAAACAACUUUA